GUCUUGUGUCAUCCCCUCUCCCAUCAUUACUCCCCUACCUAGGGCCAUCCUGGGACAAGGUCACACUUUCUUCUGAGAACAUGAGCGUUCAGUUCAGGAGAGUUUUGUUGCAGAAAGUUGUCUGCAGGUCAGCCUGCUGGGGCUCGGAUGCAGGACUCAGGAAAGUACCCCGGCAUAGCAAGGCGCUUUCUGAGGUGCGUUUCCUGGGCCCCUGGGCCGGGGGUCGAUUGCCUACCAGGUUCCAGAGAACGUCCUCCUUCUCCACCCGGGCAGCAGUUCCUGCAGGCGACUAUGAGACCAUUUUCAGGGCGUCGGUGGAGGAGCCUGAAAAACUGUGGGCGGAGGCGGCUCAGGGCAUCAAGUGGCAGAAACCCUGGACAAAAACCAUGGAGCGGAAGGACCUCUAUAGCACCUCUUGGUUUGUUGGAGGAGAGCUGAAUAUUUGUUACAAUGCUGUAGAUCGCCAUGUUUUGAAUGGACAAGGAGACCAGAUUGCUAUUAUCCAUGACAGUCCUGUAACAAAUACUAAAGAAGCUAUAACUUACAAAGAAGUUCUUGAACAGGUGUCGAAGUUGGCUGGAAUCAUGGUGAGCCAUGGUGUGAAGAAAGGAGAUACUGUUGUCAUCUACAUGCCCAUGAUUCCACAGACAAUGUACACUAUGUUAGCAUGUGCAAGAAUUGGAGCUAUACAUAGCCUCAUUUUUGGUGGGUUUGCUUCAAAAGAGCUCUCUACUCGCAUUGAUCAUGCAAAGCCCAAACUCAUUGUAACAUCAACUUUUGGAAUAGAACCUGGACGGAAAGUGGAAUAUAUACCACUUCUAGAAAAAGCAUUGCAGAUGAUAAAACACCAGCCUGAAAGAGUUCUCAUUUACAACCGCCCUAACAUGGGAACUGUCCCUCUUACCCAAGGAAGGGACAUUGACUGGCAAGAAGAAAUGGCAAAUACAAAGCCAUGUGACUGCAUCCCUGUUCUUUCAGACCACCCACUUUAUAUUCUUUAUACAUCAGGAACAACUGGCACACCAAAGGGUGUUGUUAGACCAACAGGUGGCUAUGCAGUUAUGUUAAAUUGGACCAUGUCAGCUGUAUAUGGACUUCAACCAAAAGAGGUUUGGUGGGCAGCUUCUGAUUUAGGCUGGGUAGUUGGCCAUUCUUACAUUUGUUAUGGACCUCUGCUACAUGGGAAUACAACUGUGUUAUAUGAGGGGAAGCCUGUGGGAACUCCAGAUGCUGGUGCUUUUUUCCGUGUGCUGGCAGAACAUGGAGUAGCUGCCCUUUUUGCUGCACCAACUGCGAUUAGAGCCAUCCGUCAGCAGGACCCUGAGGCUACCUUGGGGAAGCAGUACAGUUUGACAAAGUUCCGAACAUUGUUUGUAGCUGGUGAGCGAUGUGAUGUUGAUACACUAGAAUGGUGCAAAAAAAUCUUCAAGGUGCCAGUUCUGGAUCACUGGUGGCAAACAGAAACAGGUUCUGCUAUAACUGCCUCCUGCGUUGGCUUGGGAAACUCUCUUACACCUCCACCAGGACAGACUGGAAGACUGGUGCCAGGAUACAAUGUGAUGAUUCUGGAUGACAACAAGCAACCAGUAAAAGCAAAUACUUUAGGAAAUAUUGUGGUGAAGUUGCCUUUGGCUCCUGGAGCCUUUUUGGGUCUUUGGAGAAAUGAAGCCCUAUAUAAAGAGUUAUAUUUUGAAAAAUUUCCAGGAUACUAUGAUACUAUGGAUGCAGGUUUCAUGGAUGAAGAUGGAUAUGUGUAUGUCAUGUCACGAGUGGAUGAUGUGAUCAAUGUUGCUGGUCAUAGAAUUUCAGCAGGUGCAAUUGAAGAGGCUGUUCUCUCCCAUAAGGCUGUGGCAGACUGUGCAGUUGUUGGUCAUGAGGAUUCUUUGAAAGGCCAUGUGCCACUAGCAUUAUGUGUUCUAAGAAAUGAUGUGAAUACGGAAGAGGAAUCACUUAAGGAAGAAAUUGUUCAGAGAGUUAGAGAAAAUAUUGGUCCAGUGGCAGCAUUCCGGAAAGUGCUACUUGUGAAACAGAUCCCAAAGACACGUUCUGGCAAGAUACCACGGUCGGCUCUUUCUUCCCUUGUAAAUGGCAAGCCAUACCAGAUAAGUCCAACCAUUGAGGAUCCUGCUGCAUUUCAACAUGUGGAAGAUGCACUGAAGAAAAAGUUAAAGUGACUGUUUAAUGCUAUUAAGAUAUGGGUAAUAUCUGGAAUACAUUUCAUUUAGUUAUGCUGGGAACAAAACUGAAACAUUUUGGACUAAUUUUUUUUCUGUGAAAGUGUUGCUCAGUCUUACACUACAUUGGACAAUCAAAUAAGCAUAAUAUUUGUUUGGUGAUGUAAUUUUUAUUGAUGAAUGUUCAGAUUUGUCAAUAAAAAUUCAUUGAGGGAUUCACAUAUCUAUUUAAAUAAUAGUGUAAAUUCUGAAGUGUUUGAAAUGUACUUGGCACCUCUGACCUAUAAUAAUCAGGAACUAAUGGUAAUGAAAGGUUAUGAAGUGUUAGCCAGGAUAAAACUGAGUGCUCUGUUCUAAGGAAAGACUUAACUUUGUGCUAUGACAUGAGGUAGUAUAAAAACCAAAAAUGUAUGCUGUUUUAGCUAUUCCUAGAAUGCUAUCAGAAUUAAGGUUUAAAAAAUUAUAAGAAUUAAUAGAAUAUGCUAUAGGAACUAAACGCACUUUAUAUAAAUUGUCCCCAAUAACCUUUACAGCA